AGUGUUGCGGCUGCGGCGGUAAAGUUUUGCGCGCGUGUGUGACUGCGCGGGAAGUAGGGAGGCCGCGCGUGACGAACAGUUUUGAACGCGCGGAGUAAAAAAAAAAAUAUUUAAUUCUGGUUGUGUAAUCGCUACUGGAUGGAGACGGAAUUUGAACCGAUGGAUUAAUCUAUUUUUUAUGUGUGUGAAUAUCUAGUUCUCAUUGAUUUUGGAAAAAGACAAGAGAAUUAAUUAAUGAUAUAAUUCCGUGCUCCCAAGGGAAAAAAAGUGACGCAUCGAGAAAACUAAGAAAACAAGAACAAGAGGCAAUGAAAACAAAAACAACAUCAACGGAAUCCAAAUAGCGCCGUUACCCCCCCCCCCCUCCUCCCCAAUAAAGAAAGAAAAAAAAAUCUGCCAUGUUCACCGACGUAGCCAUGAGCGACUUCGUGGGUUUGGGCGGCUACGGAGGCGGCGGGCGGGGAGCGGGCGUGGGCGGAGUUGAUGGGCAGCGUGGGCGGCAUGGGCGGCGGUGGCGGCGGCGGGGAACCUCCUGGAGACCUGAUUCGGACGGGCGCGCCCAACGUGGUCUGCUCGGUGCUGCCGCCCCACUGGAGGUCCAACAAGACGCUGCCGUCGGCGUUCAGAGUGGUGGCCCUGGGAGCCGUCCAGGAUGGCACUGUGGUGACGAUCCGAGCGGGCAACGACGAGAACUGCUGCGCCGAGAUCAGGAACAACUCGGCCGUCAUGAAGAACCAGGUCGCCAAGUUCAACGACCUGCGCUUCGUCGGCAGGUCGGGCAGAGGCAAGAGCUUCCUCCUGACCAUCACCAUCAGCACCUCGCCGCCUCAGGUCGCCACCUACACCAAGGCCAUAAAGGUCACUGUGGACGGACCAAGGGAACCUCGAUCAAAGUCACAUUCCAUGCCUGUUGGUGUUUAA